AUGGUUUGCCGGCGCCAAAUAUUUUACAGUAGAGAAACUGCGUACUCAUUACUUGUCCAAAAGCCCUCAUCGGCACCUAUUUUAAAUUGGGAAAGCAUUGAACAUACUCAUUUUAAGAAAUUUAAACCGCCUUGCCCACCAAAAACGUUAGAAGAUACAACAUAUUUUUAUGUUGAUACAAUUGACAAGCUGAACAAUAUGAUGGAUCAUCUUAAAGAACAACAAGAGUUAGCUGUCGAUUGUGAAAGACACAGUUAUCGUUCAUAUCAAGUCUUCACUUGUCUCUUACAAAUAUCAACGCGGUCGAACGAUUAUCUCGUAGAUACAUUGGUGUUAAGAGAAGAAUUACAUGUAUUAAAUACUGUAUUUGCCAAUUUAAAAACAUUAAAAGUAUUCCAUGCUGGUACAUCAGAUAUUGAAUGGCUAUACAAUGAUUUUGGUAUAUAUAUUAUAAAUAUGUUUGACACAUUCCAUGCGGCUGAAGGAUUAAAUUUAACAUCAUUGUCAUUAGCUUAUUUAUUAAAAGAAUACUGUCAUAUCGUAGCAGAUAAACAAUACCAACUAGCCGAUUGGAGAAUAAGUUGA